AACACAACCAUGCCUGGAUGCUGGGCGCGCAAUGGCUGGAACUGUUGCUCUCGACUGCCACAGCAUGGCCCUGACAGCAUCCACAGUUGGUUAGUGGCCGGUGCCUGCGCGCUGUCAUCUUUCUUCGCACUGGCUGGGUGGCGUUCGGCAGGAUUCCUAUUCAUCGCUAUACUGGAGACUUUCCAGGUCAACAGAACUGAAGGCUCGUGGCCGAUAGUGCUGAUGACUGCGCUAGGUUACCUCGCAGGCUUCAUUACGGGACCACUGGUGCACAGGUUCAACGCUCGUCUAGUGAUUAUUGCGGGAACAGCGUUUUCAAGCGCUGGUCUAUUGCUGAGCUUUUUUGCCACAACAAUUGGAUUUAUGACAUUUACACUGGGCGUAAUACACGCCAUAGGUACGGGCAUGGUGUUCAUAGUGGCCCCUACCGUCAUCAGCGAGCACUUCAUCAAGAACGAGGGCCUGGCGAUGGGCCUCAACUUCGCCGGUGGAACCGUGGGCCUCUUCGUGUUCCCCAAACUACUUGAGUACCUCACUGCCGCCUAUGGCCUACGUGGCGCUCUUCUCAUCUUCGGUGCCGUCACCAUGAACGGGCUCGCAUUUAGCCAGUUCACUCGUGCCCCAAGUAAGCGGAAAGCUGCUCCCGAUGAGAAUGAAAUCGCCGCCCAGCUUCCUCCGAAAGCCACCAGUGAUGAAGGGGCGAACAAGCGACGCCAUGCAUGCACAGUGCUCAAAAGCCCCGUGUUUUACCUUAUAAUGUACAGCUUCAACACUUACUGCGUUUGUUAUGAGUUCUACAUGUCGCUUUUCGUCGACUUCGCCUCUGAUCGAGGAGUAGCGGUUUCGACUGCAGUCACCGUGAUGGCGGCGGGAGCCAUUUCUGAGGUUCUUGGGAGAUUGACGCUGCCGAGCGCCGUCGACCGCGGUCUAAUGACAAACAAGACGGCCCUCACGAUCACAUUGGGUGCGGAGGCGGUGACGUUCCUUCUGUUGCCUUUCUUACGCAUCCACGGACUCAUCUUCGCCGUGGCCGUUGGCAUCGCCUUCAGCAUCGGCACGGCAAUGGUUCUUUUUCCGGUGAUCCUGGCGUCUUACUUCGGACGUGAGAACUUGUCAGUAUCCUUCGGCAUCGUCGUGGCAUCGGCCGGGCUGCUAUCAUUUGUGAAGCCAUCCUUGAUAGGGCACUUCAGGGACAAAGUAGGCGCCUACGACUGGCUCUUUGUGAUCUGUGGAGCUGUGAACGCUGUUGCAGCCGCUGCUUGGAUUGCUGUUCUCGCAAGGGAAAAGUGUAUAAGAAAGAAGGACUUGGUCCGCGAUGAAAUGGCACCUGUAAAUACUAGUAUCACUGGAAAGUUUAGCAACUGACAUAAACUCUGAUGCCUGAUAAGAUAGAAGAAAGCGUCAUUGUCUUUACAACGAAGUCACAAUUUCGCAUUUAAACGUUGAAGUUCUGCGUAGUGUCAAAUAGAACUGGGAAACAUGUAACGGUAAAUAAUUCGGCAUCGAUACCGUUUCUUAUGUUUAGGAUAUUCAGGAAGAUUUGCGCUGGUGAUGAUCUGCGAAUGGCCUGGUGUCUCAUUGUUACAGCCAUAUCUGGGGAAGAAGUACGCAUCGGGUGGCAUCAGAAGCUUGCAUAUUAUUGCUUUCAGUCAAGAAAAACUAUUCUGUUUGCCAGCAGUUCAACUUCAGGAAAAAUUGAAUUGAUUCAACCAAUCGAGACAUGCGGGGACGAAUGACGCAUCUAGCAGUGCCAUGUUAGCUGCUCACUCGGAGGUUCGUCAAACCCUCGCCGAUCACAGUAGGCCGCGAGCACCGGGCC